AUGCCGGGUGAUCAAAAAAGCAUCAUACCCGAGAAUGUCGAACAGAGUUUCGAACAAGAAGACUCAGUGGAUGAGGCUGUCACAGCAGGGGAGUUCAGGGCUGCGCGCUCUAGCCUCAAAGCUCUAAGGUCAGCGCUCACCAAAGCAUGCAACAGAGCAAUGCGAUUGCUAACAGAAGGAGACUCAUCAGAUCUUGCGGACGACAUAGUCACGUCAGAGAAUACAAUUCAGGAUCUGUGGAAGAGGCUGGACAGGGCAUUCACUCAGAUUCUGGUAUCGCCGCUGAUGACGGACGAUCUUGCGGACGAAGAAGAGGCGAAGCAUUCUGAAUAUCUGAGAACGUACACCGACACGUCACAUGAGCUAAGGGCUCGACUGAGGAAAUGCGAGCGAAAAAUCUUUGGAUCCGUCCGCACAGAAUCGUCUUUCCAGGCGGAAGGCGUGAAAUUGAACUCUACGAUGAAUCAGCAGGGGAAGACGGACGUGCCCACGAGGAAAUCAUGGAAAGAAGUCUGCGAAAGAGUGCCGAAAUUCGACGGAAGUGCUACGAAGUUUAACAGGUGGAAGGAUGCGUUCGUUCUUCAUGUGGACUCCAAGGCCUGGGACGAGCUGGAUAAGUUCGAGCUGCUGCUGAAGACUCUCGUUGGACGGGCAGCACGAGCGAUCGCGGGGUUCUCUGUGAGAGCCGAAAACUAUGUGCUUGCGAGGGACACAGUUUACGAAGACUUCGGUGACAUCACGGUGGCAACAAAACAGCAUAUGGACAUCGUCAUGGCGGCGUGCCAGGAAGAUCUACGGGAUAAUGCUAAGUUUAUCAGUUUCGUAGAAUGCAUAGUACAGAAUAUUCAAUCGCUGUUAACGGUAGGGAAUACAUACGAAGGGGAGGGUCGAGACAUCUCGCCCAAUCCAUGGCUGCUGAAUGCAAUCAAAAGCAAGCGAAACUCUUGGCCGACUCAAUGCGGUUCGGCAGGUGGUUCGAAUGUCGUGGUUGCGACCGCGUCUACGACCAAAACCCCAGAUGAUAUUUCAUUUUUAUGGAAAACGGAAUUGAUGGGCAUUGAACCGUAUUCGAAAGAGAGCGAAGAAGCGUCAAAUGAAGAGCUACAGGCCUUCUUCGAGAAGACAAUUCGGAAAUCUUCCCGGGGUCGUUACGUGAUCGAUUUACCGUUUAAACCGAACAAAGACACACUGGGGAACAAUAAGAAACUGGCGGAAAAUAGGUUAAGAGGACUAUUAAAGCAAAUUCAGAAAGAUCCGGAGUUACUGCGCGCAACGGACUUGGAAAUUAGGGAGCUGUUAAGCCAAGGCUUCAUUGAGAAGGUGGCACCACCCAGGAAGGGUGAAGCGGCACAUUAUUUGCCGUUACUAGCGGUGGUGAAAAAAAAUGGCCUCAACGGAGGGCAAUCUCAAAAUUUAGUAUUCAUACUACUGAGAUUCAGACAAAGCACGAUUGUCAUCACGGCGGAUAUAGAGAAGGCAUACCUUCAAUACGAAAUCAGUCCAAAGCACAGAACAUAUCUAAGAUUUCUAUGGCCCGCGGGCAUUAGGAUAAGAUAUCAUUUGGAUAAAGAGAUAGAAAAGCGACCACACCAGAAAGAGCUACUGGAUUUCGUGAAGAAGCAUUUCUACGUCGAUGACAUCAUUGCGAAAGCUGAUUCGGUCAAGGAGGGCAUUGAAACCGCGGAUAUUUUAGUAGACGUAUUCGAGGCGGGAUGCUUCCCUCUAAAGAAAUUCGCCACGUCGUCAAAAGAAGUGGGUGAAUACAUAAAGCGGAAAAACCCAGAGGCAAAAGUCACGUUCGAGGAUAAAAAUUUCAAGUUUUUGGGGGUGCGGUGGAAUCAACAGAAUGAUUCGAUGCAUAUAGACGCCGCGGCGGCCAUGGCAUGUUUCGAAAAUAAUGCCGCGACGAAGAGAACGAUCUUGAGAGGAGCUAGUCAGGUGUUCGACCCUCUCGGUCUGGUGGCGCCGCUCGUGAUUGGGUUCAAAGUAUUAUUGCAAACCUCAUGGACCAAAAAGUUCGAUUGGGAUAUGAAGCUCUGCGGAGAUGAACUGAGGAAUUAUAACGAACAAGUGGCGAAGCUGAAGACGGUAUCGGAAAUCAACGUGGAGAGGUUGUUCGUAUGCAACGAGCGUCAGGCAGCGAACGAACUUCAUGUAUUCUGCGAUGCCAGUCUGGUGGGGUACGGCUGCGUCGCUUACUCGCGAAUCAUACUCGAGGGAAAAAACAUUGCCACGAGAAUGAUCAUGUCUAAAGGGAGAGUAGCUCCUUUGAAAGGAGACUGGUCCAUUCACAGACUCGAACUGCUGGGAGCAGUAGUUGCGAUACGCAUUGCGAAGCGAAUAGUAGAAUCCGAGUUAGUCAAAUUCAAAUCGACUCAUUUCUGGUGUGACAACGCAUGCGUACUAGCUUGGAUUAGAGACAAGCCGGAGCGUUGGAAAGCGUUUGUCGGAAAUCGCAUCAAGGAAAUUCAGAGUCAUUCGGAAAGCGGUCAAUGGAAAUACGUUCGAUCCGCGGAAAACCCAGCGGAUUUACUGAGUGGGGCUGCGGCGCUAGACACUCAGGAAUUGCGAGACUUCUGGAUAUCCGGGCCACUAUGGUUUCGAAGGGGUGAAGAGCCAAAAGACCAUUCGCUAAAUGCAACGUUAUACGAGAAGAAGAUAGUGAACGAACGGAAAAUACAAUGCGUGGUAGCGGCGACGCGACGGUUGCGACCGACACGAGUGAUUUCGGCGGGGGAAUUCUUCGACGCCGAAAGCAAUCUAUUGAGAAGCAUACAGAGCAACCAUUUCGGGGCGGAAAUCACGAAGAAUUGUCUGGGUAUCUCCAAACAAAGUCCGUUGCACCAAUACCAUCCGUUCGCGGAUGAUAAUGGGCUGAUAAGGUGCAAGUCGAGGCUGGAGAAGGCGGUUUGGAUUUCGUACGAGACGGCCAACCCGAUCAUCCUCCCGGGCGAUGAUGAACUAGUAAAGCUUUACGUUAGAUGGCUUCACGAAAGCAUCUGCUGUCAUGCGGGUAGCGUUCCAGGGAUUCUACAGAGGGUUAGGGCGAGAUUUCUGAUCCUACGAGCUAGGAGGAUAGCAAAAAAAGUAGUGGAACGGUGCAAAACAUGCGUGAAAUUCAGAGCUCAACCCGCGGCGGAACCUUUUCCGGGACUGCCAGCGUUUCGAAUGAGCACAGCUCCGGCGUUUUCAGUAACUGCAGUAGAUGCCGCGGGACCUAUACCAGCGAAAGACACAGAGGGAAAACCAUUCCCCACCUAUAUAAUGUUAUUCUGUUGCCCAGUGUCGCGAGCCGUGAGGCUCGAAUUGGUCGCGAACCUCUCCACUUACGAAUUUUUGCUAGCUAUGAGGCGAUUCUACAAUAGAAACCCCACAGUAUCGAGAUUCUAUUCGGACGAUGCAGCUCCGUUUCGUCGAGCAGCGAAAGAAAUCAAAUGGUUAUUUGACAUGGCUUCUUCGAGGGAGUGCCAAGAGCUUCUGAUCAAACAUAGAAUUUCGUGGGAAUUCAACACGGAGCGAGCGCCGUGGCGCGGAGGUUUCUACGAGAGGAUGUUUAAAACUAUAAAACAGCCACUCAGGAAAAUCAUCGGUAGAAACAUUCUCAGCUUCAGAGAACUAGAAACGACUCUCACUGAUAUCGAAAAGGUGGUGAAUGAUCGCCCGCUGACGGCAGUCAACAAUGAUCAGGACGAGAUACUGCCGCUGCGACCCUUUGAUCUUCUUUAUGGAAGUCAAGCGGAACCGGUACUACCGGACAUAGUCGGACUCGGGAGGGUCAUAGAGGGAGCGACGGCGGAAGUUCUGUCGGAUAGAUGGAAGCAACAGCAGUGCAUCAUAAAUGCAUUUUGGAAGCGGUUCCGCAAGGAAUAUUUACAGCAGCUCAGAGGAGCACAUGCUAGAAAGCCUAUCCGGAGUAGAGCAAUAAAAGUAGGAGACGUGGUCUUGCUAGACGAUCCAGCAGCGUCAAGGAGCUAUUGGCCAAUGGGUCGAGUAGAUUCAUUUGUCGGCAUCGACGACGCGGACAAGAAGAGGCGAACGUGUAUCGUCCGAUUUCCAUCGGGAAAAAUGCUGAAGCGGCCCAUCCAAUUAUUAUAUCCAUUGGACGUGGGACAACCGUAA